CCCAAGCAGCAGCGGCGGCGGUGGAGGCGGCACCGGCAGGAUGAGCGGAUCACAGAGCAAUGAUACCAAAAGACAGUUUCUUCUGGAGCGGCUGUUGGAUGCUGUUAAACAGUGCCAGAUCCGCUUUGGAGGAAGAAAGGAAAUAGCAUCAGAUUCUGAUAGCAGAGUUACUUGUCUGUGUGCCCAGUUUGAAUCUGUGUUACAGCAUGGCUUGAAGAGGAGUCGUGGAUUAGCAUUAACAGCGGCAGCAAUCAAACAGGCAGCAGGAUUCUCUAGCAAGACAGAGACAGAGCCUGUAUUUUGGUACUAUGUGAAGGAAGUCCUGAAUAAGCAUGAACUGCAGCGCUUCUACUCCUUGAGAAACAUCAGCACAGAUGUGGGAAGAGGGCGAGCUUGGCUGCGCUGUGCCCUCAAUGAACACUCCUUGGAGCGCUACAUUCACAUGCUGUUGGCAGACAAAAUUAGACUGAGCAUUUUCUAUGAAGACUGGGCCUUUGUGAUGGAUGAAGAACGGUCCAGCAUGCUCCCAACCAUGGCAGCUGGUCUAAAUUCUAUACUCUUUGCAAUCAACAUCGACAACAAGGACUUGAAUGGGCAGAGUAAGUACACUGUGUCUGACCUCCUAAAGGAGUCUACUCAAAAUGUGACCUCCUUGCUGAAGGUAUCUACCCAAGGCAUUCUUCGAGAGAUCACAGCAUCUCCUGCUGUCUCCAUUCUAAUCAAACCAGACCAGGAAUCUGAUCCUCUGCCAGUUGUAGCCAGGAACGUCAAUGCUGAUGCAAAAUGUAAAAAGGAUAGGAAAAAGAAAAAGAAGGUGACUAAUAUAAUUUCAUUUGAUGAUGAGGAAGAUGAACAAAACUCUGGGGACAUUUUUAAGAAGACAGGUGGAACAGGAGAAAGCUCAGAGGAGAAUUCAGAUCGAUCAUCAGUUAAUAUCAUGUCUACUUUUGAAAGCCCCUUUGGGCAAAAUUCUAAUGGAAGCCAGAGUAGCAACUCUUGGAAAAAUGAUUCUAUGUCUUUUAAUGGAGAAUAUGGAUUUCAGAAGCUGGAUGUGAAGAGUAUUGAUGAUGAAGAUAUUGAUGAAAAUGAAGAUGAAGUUUAUGGAAAAUCACUUGGUCAAAAAAGCAUAGAAGAUCACAAAGAGGUUUCUGAGAAGCCCCUGGAUGGCAACACCUGUCUUUCACAAAUGCACAGCUGGGCUCCCCUGCAGGUGCUUCAUGGUGAUUCUGAUGUCCUGUUUCCUCUCAGUGGAGUGGGAUCUUAUGCCCCAGCAGAUGCCACCUUAAGUAACCUGGAGAAUGGCAGUGGACCCCAGACCAGCAUUCUCACUGGGCCUGAACUUCAAUACAGCGUGGAAGCCAGUCCUCCAGUCCAAGGGAGCCCUUUAAGCAACCUCUUGCCUUCCACACCUAUGCCAGAAUCAAUGACAAUUAAUGAACUGCGUCAAGCCAUUGUGGCUAUGAUGAAUAGAAAGGAUGAACUGGAAGAAGAAAACAGAUCAUUGCGGAACCUGCUUGAUGGAGAGAUGGAACAUUCUGCAGUGCUCAGGCAAGAAAUUGACAACUUGAAACGAAAAGUAUCAGAACAGGAGGAACGUCAUGUAGCAAAGAUCCAGGCAUUGGCAAGAGAAAAUGAAGUGCUGAAAGUACAGCUCAAGAAAUACGUAGGAGCUGUCCAGAUGUUGAAAAGAGAAGGACAAACAGCUGAAGUUGUGCCAAACCUUUGGAACAUUGAUGGAGAGGUUACGGUCCCUGAGCAAAAGCCUGUAGAAGUCAGUGAGGAACUAGCAAGCUCCUAUGAAAGAAAGCUCAUAGAGGUGGCAGAAAUGCAUGGAGAACUUAUAGAAUUCAAUGAGCGACUGCACAGAGCUUUGAUUGCUAAGGAAGCUCUUGUAUCCCAGAUGAGACAGGAACUCAUAGAUCUUCGAGGACCUGUGCCUGGAGAUUUAAGUCAAACAUCUGAAGACCAAAGUUUGUCAGAUUUUGAAAUAUCAAACCGAGCUUUGAUAAAUGUCUGGAUUCCCUCCGUUUUUCUUCGGGGAAAGGCUGCCAAUGCAUUCCAUGUAUAUCAGGUCUAUAUCAGGAUAAAGGAUGACGAAUGGAAUGUAUAUAGAAGAUAUACAGAAUUCAGGAGUUUGCAUCACAAGUUACAGAACAAAUAUCCUCAAGUGAGGGCCUAUAGUUUCCCACCUAAAAAGGCCAUUGGAAAUAAGGAUGCAAAGUUUGUAGAAGAGAGAAGAAAACAACUACAGAAUUACUUAAGAAAUGUUAUGAACAAAAUAAUCCAAGCAGUCCCAGAGUUUGCAGCCAGUCCCAAAAAAGAGACUCUUAUACAAUUGAUGCCAUUUUUCAUUGACAUUACGCCUCCUGGAGAACCAUUAAGCAAAAACAGUCGUACAAGAGUGGCUUCUCGCUUCCCCAAGUUAUCCCGGAAUCAUCCAAGAGAGCCCCGCAAUGUGGAACCGCAGAGUGGUGACCUCUGAGCCAUUGUGGACUCCCAGAUGCUGGUGCUGUGUACUUUCCAAACUGGCCCAGUGCUUCUGACCUGUCUAGACCGCUGGCUCCUUAAGCCUCAGAGGAAGAAUCAGUCAUGGUACAUUAACCCUGGAAAAAGGACACCAUCCACACCGUGGUUUCCCACUCUGAUUAAACAGGUCACCCAGAAGGCAGCACAUGCUCAUUGUCCUAAAGAAAAAGACUCCUCACCUGGAGAUGCAGCCGCAUGAUCUUUCAGCCAUCUCCAUGGUCUUGUACCUUCAGAGCUAGAGAAGCUUCCAGGAAAAUAUGCAUUUUCAUACUCUGCAAAAUCUAUUGUAA